UCUCUACUUUGGCUGAUCCAAUUUUCUGUGUCGGAACAUAAACAGUCAACAAGACAAGAGAACCAAGAGGAACAUCCCCGUCAGGCGUCAGUGUUGGGGGCAGGACGUGAAACUCGAGGCCUGCGGGGCAACAUAACUCUUUCCCAAAUCCAAGGUCUGUGAAACUUCUAUAACCCUAAGACAAUGGAGACCAAUCAGAAGGAGUCAGAAGGCAGGGAGUCUGCUGCCAACAACCAGCCCCCAGAUGCCUUACCCAGGAACCUUCUGGAUGAGGAGGAAAGACUCAGUAGCUUUGGCUCUCCCAAGCACGGCCCAACACUGUCCACGAGCACCAGCAGCUUUGAGGCACUUGACCCACACGACCCAAACCUGAGUCACCUCGCUUCACUCAUGUUCUCCCACACUUCAAAUUACCUUCAGGGGGAGUUGUCUGCUGUGCUGGAAGAUUACACUCUACUAGAGCAGAUGAACCGUGCAACUAUCACCAAGUAUUCUGACAUGCGACAGAUUGGUGGAAGUGUCAGCCGGGCACUAAAGGAUCUGAAUGAGAAGUAUUUGGCACUUCAGCCUUACCUGGAGCAGAUUGACCAGAUUGAGGACAGUGUUACUAAAUUGGAAGCAGCAGCCUACAAACUUGAUGCUUAUUCUAAAAGACUUGAAGCAAGGUUUAAAUCCUUGGAAAAAAAGUAAAGUUCCUUUCUGUGUAUAAUUUUACAUCAGAGAUUAUUAUAAUUCUAUCAAACUUUUUUCUUUGAGACAUCCAUGUUUAUCUUUAAACAUUGUUGACUUGUGAUGUGCCUAAGGCAAAAAUUUGAUAUAUAGAAGUGGAUGCACUUAUCCAGUAUUCUAAUGAUGUAUAUAACAUUAACACAAGUGAGUGGAUGCAUCAGACAGUGGUAGAGGGUGCUUUCCCUGGUUCCUUCCCACAACCACAGCAAGAUCCAUAAUCUCUCACCUGAACAUCACCUGCUCACACCUUCCCUCUGCCAAUGGACAAUCCAGAGCAUAUGAUUGAGAAGGGGAGACCAGUUGUCAUCCAUAGAUCUUGCCUUGAAUCUCACUUGCCUGUGGAGAAAGAUCUGUGUAUAAGUUACCAAAGUAUAUACCAUGUUUUCAACUGAAUGUUCCAUUACUUCAAACAUUAUAUGUUAAACAAGCAACUUGACUGUGGGGAAUGAUGAGGUGACCCUGUCCCUGAGGAUAAUGAAGGAAUAACAUGCAGCAUCCCUAUUACCUCAUUAGCUAUAGAUCUGACCUUGUUCUUCCCUUCUUCAGUGGCAUCAUCAUAAUGUCUAAAUGAAAUGGGUUCACAGGGUGGCUUUAAAGACAGUGACUCUUCUGGAAUAAUGUAGUACCUGAUUCUCUCUCUCUCUCUCUCUCUCUCUCUCUCUCUCUCUCUCUCUCUCUCUCUCUCUCUCUCUCUCUCUCUCUCUCUCUCUCUCUCUCUCUCUCUCUCUCUCUCUCUCUCUCUCUCUCUCUCUCUCUCUCUCUCUCUCUCUCUCUCUCUCUCUCUCUCUCUCUCUCUCAUUCCCAUCCUUUGCUGCUACCAUUAUCUCAUGCAUUUACUGGCAGUAAUGUGAUAACAAUCCCUCGUGGCAUGUCUCAUCACAAAAACUCAUUGCUCUCACCUUUAUAUUUAUAUUGGUAGUGACCUGGGAGAUGGAAGAUUCUGAUAAGAAAGAAUGGUGUCGAGUGUAUGGUUGUGAAUGUAUAAGCAAGCAUGUAAAGGGUUUUGAAAAAUUGUGUGACUGGAAAAGGCAAAGAGUAGGCAGAGUGUAAUGUUGAGAUUAGUAAGUAUAACAUUGUCAAAAAAUAUUAAUAUUGUAAGUAUACAC